CCCGCCCGCCCUGGAAUGCGCGCCCGGAGGGGGGCGGGGCCGCGGGUGACGUCACGGGGCGGGCCCGCGGGGCACGCCGGGAUUCAAGAGGACACCCCGGCCGCGGCCUCGGACUCACGGACUCCUACACGACCCGCCGCGGCCCCGGGACCCGCGCGCGCCGAGAGGAACCGAGCGCCACGGGCCGCCAUGUUCCCGCCGCUGCUGCUGCUGCUGCUGCUGCCCGCGGGCCCCGCCCCCGCCGCCGGCGGCCAUGACGCCCCGCCCCGGCCCAACUUCGUGCUCAUCAUGGCCGACGACCUGGGCAUCGGCGACCCCGGCUGCUACGGCAACACCACGCUCAGGACCCCGAACAUCGACCGCCUGGCGCGCGAGGGCGUGAAGCUGACGCAGCACCUGGCGGCCGCGCCCCUGUGCACGCCCAGCCGGGCCGCCUUCCUCACGGGACGCUACCCCGUGCGCUCGGGCAUGGCGUCGCACAACCGCGUGGGCGUGUUCCUGUUCGCGGCCUCCUCGGGCGGGCUGCCCCCCGGCGAGGUCACCUUCGCGCGGCUGCUGCAGGAGCGCGGCUACGCCACGGGGCUCGUCGGCAAGUGGCACCUGGGCCUGAGCUGCCGGCACCGCGGCGACUUCUGCCACCACCCGCUGCGGCACGGGUUCGACUUCUUCCACGGGGCGCCGGUGACCAACCUGCGGGACUGCCGGCCCGGGGCGGGCACGGUGUUCGGGGCGGGCGUGCGCUGGCUGGUGUUCGCGCCGCUGCAGGCGCUGUGCGCGGCCGUGCUGACCCUGGCGCUGCUGCGCUGCCUGCGCCUGGCCCGCGUGCCGCCCGCCGCCUUCCUGGCCCUGGCGCUGCUGGCGGGCGCCGUGGCCGCCGCCUUCCUGGCCUUCCUGCGCUACUUCCGCCCCGCCAACUGCUUCCUCAUGACCGGGUUCGAGGUCACCCAGCAGCCCGCCGCCUACGACCGCCUGGCCCAGCGCCUGGCCCGCCAGGCCGUCGGGUUCCUCGAGAGACACGCGCACGCGCCGUUCCUGCUGUUCGUGUCGUUCCUGCACGUGCACACGGCGCACUUCGCGGGCGCCGACUUCGCGCGGAGGAGCCGGCACGGGGCGUACGGGGACGCGGCCGAGGAGAUGGACUGGAGCGUGGGUCAGAUCCUGGACGCGCUCGACCGCCUGGGCCUGGCCAACCACACGCUCGUGUACUUCUCGUCCGACCACGGGGCCCACGUGGAGGAGGUCACGGCCCGGGGCGAGGUGCACGGCGGCAGCAACGGCAUCUACCGCGGCGGGAAGGCGAACAACUGGGAGGGCGGCAUCCGCGUGCCGGGCCUCGUGCGCUUCCCCAUGAUGCUCCCCGCGGGGUCGGAGGUCGCCGAGCCCACGAGCCACAUGGACGUCUUCCCCACCGUGGCCGCCCUGGCGGGGGCCGGGCUCCCGCCGGACCGGGUGAUCGACGGGCGCGACCUGAUGCCGCUGCUGCGCGGCCGGACCACGCGGUCGGCGCACGAGUUCCUCUUCCACUACUGCAACGCCUACCUGAACGCCGUGCGCUGGCGCCCGCGGAACGACACGGCCGUGUGGAAGGCCUUCUUCUUCACGCCCAAGUUCGACCCGGCGGGCGCCAACGGCUGCUUCUCCACGCACGUGUGCUUCUGCCACGGCGACCACGUCACGCGCCACGACCCCCCGCUGCUCUUCGACCUCUCCCGCGACCCCGGCGAGCGCCGCCCGCUGACCCCGGCCGCCGAGCCCCGCUACCACGCCGUCCUGGCCGCCGUGGCCGCCGCCGUCCGCGCCCACGCCCGCACGCUCGACCCCGCCGUGCCCGACCAGCUCUCGCCCGCCAACCUCGUCUGGAAGCCCUGGCUGCAGCUCUGCUGCCGCUCCGCCCCCUCCGCCCUGGCGUGCCACUGCGCCGGCGACGACGCCCGCGGGCGCUGACGGGCACGGAACACGCCACCGACACGCCAAGGACACGCCAAGGACACGCCAACACGGGUCGGUCGGCGCGUGUGGGACCUUCCGGGGUCGGCGGGGGUCGCGGGCCGCGACCCCGGAGGCC